CUCCAUCUCCAUCUCCAUCUCCGUCUCCGUCCGCCCGUCUGUCCUUCUCUCGAGUCGACCCUUCCUGCCUCGGAUCAGCCCACUCAAUGUCGUCCAGCCAUCCUCUCGUCGCCACCGGUGCCUCGUCCUCCUCGGAUUAUCCCAUUCCAUACGCUUGGGAUCUUGCCAAGCGCCAGCCCACCCCGCUCCCCACUUUCAUCUCAAAAUUCACCAUCGAGCUCGAUGAGGAGCCCACCUUCAACGGCGACGAAGACUCUUGUGCCGGCACUGACCUCUGUGGGUCCAUCACCCUCGAUGCCUUCGAGUCCCUUCCGUUGGCCAAGCGUCUGAUUGUUGUUCUCCAAGGCGUCCAUCGUCUCGCCGCCGAUGGAGAAUCCUUCACCGCCAAGGGCUCGUCUCAUUCGCUCGGUGCUCUGACCGAAGUCUCCGAGUUCUCCGACUCGUAUCUGGACUCGCGGGAGGUCUGGACUGGCACUGGGCUUCCCCGUGGACCCAACUCGUUCCGCUUCUUUUUCAAGCUCCCGGGCCAUCUGCCUGCCACGAUUCCGGGUCUGACCGAGUAUCUCGUGCGAGCCCAACUCAUCGCCGAUCGAGACUAUGAGGUCAUCCGCCCGGUCACGGUCCACCGAGUUGGCCUCGGCUCGCCCGACGGCGUCUACAUCGACGCCCCUCCAGCCUGGGACGACGAUGACUAUAUCCGUCCCCCUCCUUCCGACUGGCGACCACACACCCCCAACCCCCCUCCUCCCCCGUACGCCUGAUGCUUUCGGCCGGCCCCUUGAAGCCGUCCGUCGCUAUUGGAGACCCAUCCCUCAGCGUUGGAAUUCCAGAGCGAAUCCACUCCAAGAGUUGUGCUUCCCUGCUUGUCGAGAGUAGCAGAAGCCAUAACCCCCUGCUCGCGAAUCUGUGGCGGACUCUUCUCUCGCUGCUUGCCUAAGAUGGCAUAACCCUCACAAGUGUCAUUCGGUUAUCGUCAUCUUGCCAUGCUUGCUCCUGAAUAUCAAAAGAAAAACUAUCACCGAAC